GACACAGUCAUCAGGUACUUGGGAAAUCACAGUCGUAGCGAGGGCUAGCAGCGCUUCUUUAAAUAUGACCAAGGCCAAGUCUGUUUCCCACAAUUCGAGAUAUCAGUGGAUCAGAUGCGCGCAGGCUGUGCAGUUCGUUCUGGGAAGGUCGAAGUUAACGGCAUGUGGCGCAUCAUCCGUAGCCCUCGUGGCCCGCUAUGUAUUCAAGCAUUGCGUUCAGCCAAUGCAUUCGCCUCCAUCAAUCCCUCACCCAGUAUCCAGUCGUCAUACGACAACCAAGUGUACCAGCCGUGUAUGACCAGGUAAUGAAUCCGUCUCCUGAGCCUCGCACGACGGUCGGUGUACAACGCCGCAAGCUCUGGGUCUUGUCUCUGUACCACCUCCCUGAACCUCCGCCGCUGCUGCGUCUCCUGGAUUGCAGUCUCCCACAUAAGUCUGUCUUCAUACAGUGUUCCGGGCGGGAUAGCAAACACGUCGUCCGGGUCAGGGCGCCACGCAGCCUCGUGGGUCAACUCCUCGGGAUACACAGCCGCGAGGUCUCGUGGGACGACGACAGCAUCAUCCCAAUCGACUAUCCCCUCGAUGCGCGUGCGGUCCGCCGAGAAGAUAACAUUGCGCCAGCAAGCGUAGUCAGUGUGCAUCAAAGCCAAGACCGGCGUGUUUGCGUGGGGACUGAGCAGCGGGUCCAGAGAGGCGGCAAUGUUGGCGAUCUCCUGCACGGCUCGAGCACAUUGCCAGAGCUUGCCCGGCGAGUGCGUGUUGUGAAGGCCGUCUCUUACAAUGAGCGAAAGGUCGUCGUGCGGAUACCGAGAAGUGAUGUCGCGGAAGUGUUCUUCAAUUUUGGAGGCCCAAAAGUCCGCCAAGGUCCCCGGGCCCGUGCGCUGCUCGAACGAUGGUUCGAGGACCUCAGUAUGGCGGGUCGGAAGUUGAGGGAUCGUGGGUAUCACACGAAAGCCAUGCCGAGAACCACUAGAGUCCAUCCGCCACAUGCCGUCUACGACGCAGGAUGGGUCAUGGAGGAUGCUUCCGAUUGCGUUGAACGAAACCGGCGCCGUGAUCUUGACCCAGAGGUCGGCAAGGAGAUCGACGACGGCGUCACGAUCUGCGCUCGACAGGUUGUCGCACCAUUCAAUAUAGGUGAUAGGAGUCCCCGUGAGGAAUUGGGAAAUGAUAUAAGGCGCGCCGGCAGGAUUCGUGUUGCUGACGGCAGCAGCGAGGACCCUCGGUACUGGGAUAUGCGGCCUGUACAGCGCCAAGAAGUCCAGUGUGGCGACCUGAGUUUUCAGUCGAAUGGGGUCACGCGAUGCAGGCACGUUGAAUGGGACUCGCGCGACGACGGCUGUCUGCCCCGGAAAACGGACGAGGAAGACUUUGUUGAAGUGCCCAGUGUCGUGUAUACGCACUUCACUACAAGCGACGGUCGAGUGAAGCUGAAGGGCGUUGCGCACAGCAUUUACGAGUUGGCUCGCGUCAAUGUUGCAGAGGACCUUGUAUUUCGGUGAGUAGGCCUCGUUCAAGGCUUCCUCAGAGAGUGUCUGAGGGGUAGUGACUGGGAAGCAAUGAUCAUGCAAUGAGUAGUGUUGAUCGUCUACAAUAAUGGUAGACUACCUACCACCCGUCGGCUCGGGUGUUUGCAUUAGUCCUGAUCGGUUGCGGUAGACUCAUCAGUUGUAGCGUAUAACGAAUAGGCACUUGUUUGAGGGGCUGAACAAAGGGGUUGUAUGCGAUGUAGCUAAGGUAAGUUGGCUGGUGGAUACUUGAGUGACGGGCCCGCGAGUGACGGUUGUGGCACCGUGGAUGAUGGGAUGUGCACGCGAUGUGCACGCGUAAAUCAGAAUCUAGAUCUGUGACGCGUAACGCCAAUGUGACUCUUACGAGUCACGAGUCACUGUGCCGAUGACGCGGCAAACUUGCUUAAUC